UUUGUCGGAAUUUAUUGAAGUGAACGGUUGUUGUGUUUUUGUGAAGCGGCAAAAAUAAUUCGCAUGUGCUUCAAGUGCGUCGCUCCACUAUCUACUAUAACUUUUAUUAUUAUUAUAGUGUUUCAAUAUACAAUUGCAAGUGACAUGCAAAAAAAAUUUUUUUUAAAUAAAAAUAUAUAAAGUGCAGAAUUUUAACACUAAAUAACAAAAAGUGUUACUAACAUUGUGUGUGUGUGUGUGUUGUUAAUGAAAACAAUUGUUGAAGUUUCGAUUUCUGAAUUAAAAAGUGAAAUUUUGAGUUUAUUUUUGCAAAAAUACAUUAAUUUGACAGCUGAUAAACAAAAAUAAUAUAACGGUGGUUUAUUAGUUUCUUAGUGCUGCCACCCCCUUAAGUGCUUGCAUGCAGUAAAAUGUCGCAGUUUUGGCGUUUAUAAGCGGUUAAAGGAUUUUUUGACUUUUUUUGAAAGAAGUUUCUGACGGCCCGUAUUUGUAGUUGUAGCAGCAUUGCAACGCGCGCAUUCUAUAAGCCAUGGCAACAUUAAUACCGUCCUCAAAUGUUGAGGCCGCUUAUGAAGAUAUGUUCAAAGAAAUCACACGUAAAUUAUAUGGGGAAGAGACCGGAAAUGGUUUACAUACAUUGGGCACACCGGUUGCGCAGGUGGCGACCACUGGGCCCACAGCACCCGAGGGCGAGCGCUCAUUCACGAAUUUGCAGAUCGAUCGCAGCGCUGCGCCCACCAUCGAAUAUGAGAACAAUGCCGCUAAUGCCGUCAAUGCAGCGGCAACAGCUGCCGCCGCGGCAAAUGUUGUAAUCCAACAACAAGGCGAGGGUUCUGUGGUCGUCGCCACGACAGGCGGUAAUUUCAAAUCGGAAGACCACUUGAAUACGGCUUUUGGGCUGGCGGCGCUAAUGCAAAAUGGUUUUGCCACCACCAACGCCGCUGGCACCGGUGGUACGGAUCAGCAGCAGCAACAACAACAGCAACAGCAGCAGGCACAAAUUGUACAGUGGUCGACACCGACGGCAACAGGUGGUAAAUUGCAGAGUUAUACGGCUGCCACUCAACAGCAGCAGCAACAACAACAACAACAGCAACAACAACAACAACAGCAGCAACAACAACAACUGCAGCAACAAGUUGGCACAUCAAAGUCAAAAUCAAAAAAUCGCAACGAUUCCACCACCGAAGUGAUCUACACUAGUCCCUCGACCUCUGGCAACACCAUGAAUGCCGGCCAAGCCCAGCAGCAGACAACACCUACAUCCACGAACAACAACAGCGGCGCCGUCACCAGUUCGAGCGGUGGCAAUAGUCGUAAAAAGUCACACAGCAACAAUAACAACUCUCAUAACAACCACCAAAAUGGCAAUAAUGCCAACAACAAUGGCGGUGUACAAGUGCAGAAACGUUACGCCUGCACACACUGUCCCUACUCCACCGACCGGCGAGAUCUCUACACUCGUCACGAGAACAUACACAAAGAGGAGAAGCCCUUUCAAUGCUUCGCCUGCCUCAAGCAAUUCAAUCGUGCCGAUCAUGUGAAGAAACAUUUCCUGCGCAUGCAUCGCGAAUUGCAGUAUGACAUCAAUAAGACGCGGCGACACGUAACCGCCAGCACGUCCAACAGUGGCGGCGGCACUGGCGUUGGCAAUCAGCAUGCCGGCGGACGCGGCAAUGUCACCAUCACUACGGGCGCCAACGUACAACUGGACAAUGCAUUCCUGGAAGCGCAACGCCAACCGACCUCGUCGAGCAUGAGCAUUGCGGAGACCAUCGAGGCGGUAGCCACCGCGGCCGAUGCGCCCCUGCCACAACUCAAGCAGGAGAAGCAAGAUGACAUCGCUGUCGGUGUGACUAACGCCAAUGGUGGCAUUGUUUGCAACACCGGCGCUACUAGUGGCAACCUCAAGCCGAAACGUGAGAAACGCUUCACCUGCUGCUACUGUCCGUGGUCCGGCGCGGAUAAGUGGGGCUUGAAACGUCAUCUCAAUACGCACACAAAACCGUUUGUCUGCUUGCUGUGCGAUUAUAAGGCGGCGCGCUCGGAACGUCUGGCCACGCAUGUGCUGAAAGUGCACAACAAGCGCGCCUGCAACAAGUGCUCCUUCCUUGGCGACACGCAGGAGGAGUUUCAGGCGCACAUCAACGAAGUGCACAAUCAGGGCGGCAACGUCGGUGGCGGUGGCUCGGUAACGAUAUACACCACGACAACAACAAAUGACAAUGGUAACGGUAAUAUUACCGGCGGUCCACUACAGGAGAUCAUUGUAAAUCCCACAUCGAUGGUGGGUUGGCGUUUGAGCGCCAAUGGUUCGCUAAUACCGCCACACGAUCUACUUACGGGCGGUUUACCGAAUGCGGCCGCACAGAAACGCGGCUCCGAACGACUAUUUCAAUAUCUUGAGGCAGACGGAAGUGAUCCCGAAGACUAUGCGCGUCUCCUGAAAAUGGACGCCAUCAGUCGCAACACCGCUUCAGUCGCUCAGGAUUUUCAUAAGGCGGGAGGCGUGCAAGAGUUGAAAAUUCCAGCCAAUCAUCAACUCCUGUUCAAUAAUAAACUGCCUUCACAAUGGACGACCAAAGAGGCUGCGGCGCUACUCCAUUCCCUAAGCAACAACAGCAACUUUGCCAACUAUCAGCAACAACUGCAGCUACAGCAACAACAGCAACGCAUGAAAUAUCAUCAUCACAACGGCAACAGCAACAACAACACACAUAAGCGUCUGCGACAACACUCGACGGGCGAUGAUGAGAAUACACCAUCGUCCGCCUCGUCGACAGCAUCGUCUAGCGAUGGUGGCGCAUCACCGUUGAAAGCUGGUGGCGGUAGACAACAUUACAUGUCUAGCUCAGCAGCAACAGCAGCAACAACAACAAAUGGCAGCAGUAGCAGUUACAGUAAUAGUGAGCAGAGAAAGGCGAUGUCGGCAUUCUUGAGCGAAAAUUUCGAUUUGCAAGAAACAACGGAGAGCGCAAUCGAAAUGAUGGCGGCAGCAGCCGUAGCAGCGGCCAGCAACAGCAGCAGCAGCAACAAGCGCAAAUAUCAGGCGCAGCACGACAACGAUGAAGAUCAAGAGAAUCAAGAGCAGCUUAUUAGAUCGCCUCCCGCGUAUAACAACAACAACAAACUAAACAAUACAAUAAAUUACCAGCAACAACAGCAUACGAGAACAACACGAACGCUCAAUCAACGUACCACGAAUGCCGCGCAUCACCAACGCGAACAUCGUCUAGAUCUGCUACACUUGGAUCGCGACAACAAGGAGAACAACAAACAGAAUGCGGCUGCCACAUUCCUCAGCAACAUGGAGUAUCAGAAUUUGAAUAAGGUCAGCACGCAUAUACAGAAUUAUGUCAAGGACAUCAUCAAUAAGUAUUACGCCGAAACGCCGCUCAUGUAUCCGGCUAUGCCGACAGCAACGGAAACGCCGCACGACAGCCAACAGCCAACGGAGCAGCUGCAACAAAAGCCCACCACCUCCUCACAACGCAAGCGCAUGCGUAGCGAGACCGAGGAGUACAUUGAGUAUUUGCGCAAUAAAGAGGACAUAACGCUGACCAUCACGCCGAAAGUGUCCACCGCACAGAAGCAGCGUCAUGCCGCCAGCACUACUUCACAAAUCAACCAACAACGUCUGAGUCCCACACAGCAAGCAUUGUUGGCCACACCCGCCGUCACACUAGCGCCGAUCGCACCGCUCAUGCCGCAGCCACAACCAAUGCAGGCGUCAAACGCGCCAUUGCAGCAGCCACCCAACAAGCGCCGCAAAUCACUUUCACAAAUAGCCACAUUGUUGCCGCUGUUGGCGGACGCCGCCUCACAGCAGCAAUACCUCACCGCGCCAUUGGACUUCAGCAAGAAACCCACGCACGCCGACGAGGCCACCAUACAUCACACAGCCACAACUACGCCCACAUUAAGCGCGCAAACGGCAAACACGCUGUUGCCGCAAGCCGCGCAAGUCUCCGUUAUACAAGCAGCACCCACGCAACCGCCACAAAAGCAACAACAACCGACUGCAGUGCAGAGCGCCAACGAUAAGCGUUCGUCGCGCAAACAAGCGCAACCGAAGAAGAUACGCGCGCCACCAGAGGUGAUAGUUGCCAUGCUGCGCGACAAGUACUUGAAUCGCAUGGUGGAUCACAAGCUGAGCUGCCGCUUGUGCGCACAAGAUAAGCGACGCGCGGCGGCAAUGCUCGUCUUCAACUAUCAUACAAAGGGUUCGCUAACGCUGCACAAACACUGGAAGCAUCGCGCGAAGAAACAACGCUGUCAGCAUUGCAUGCAGGCCUUUAAGCAACGCAGCAGCCUAAUCGUGCACUGUCGGCGCGCGCAUGCCGCUGCCGAGCAGAAGAAGCGGCCGGGUGUGAAGCGAGUGUGUGACAACAAGUCAAAGCAGCAGCCACAAAAGCAGGCGGACAGCAAACAGCAACGCAGACACGCAAAGAAAGCGAAGAAAAGCACAUAGACGCGCAGUAGAAGGGCAUGCGCUUGACAAAUAUACGCAUGCGCAUGGUUGUAAACUGUUAUGUUGCUAUGCGACCUAUACGUUUGGUGGGUGUAAACUGCAUAUUGAGCGUGCGCCUCAUUAUUAUUAUUGUAGCAUAUGAUUUUUUUUAAUUUCUAAAACACUCGGGUAAUCGUAGCAAGCAUUUUAUGUUGACGAUCUAAUCAUUCUAAGCCAAGUUGGCGCAUUUUUAAAUACUUAAUUGCUUACUUAGAGACAUGUAUAUGACUAGAUUUUAGUAUUACGCUUCGGUUUUUUCUAUUAUAUUAUAUAUAGUUUGUUGUUGUUGUUCAGAAAACAUUCCGCAGAGAGUAGAGCGCAAAACUUGCGCCAGAGAAGGGUUGUAGUGAGUUGUUGGCAAAGUAUUGGUGAGCAACGUGCUUUCCUGAGAACACCGAGCCACUUGAGAACUCUGAGCCCCUUGAGAACUUCGGUGCCGGGCGCAAUUGCCCCGUUCUCCACCUUUUCUCAUUCAUUGGUGCUAGUAAAUUCUCUUGUCGCUCGCGUUAUUUAGACAGGUUCGUGCUGUUAACGGUAGAGACCACCUUCAGUUUAGCUGUUGGCCUUAAAUAUAAGUUAUAAAACUAAAUUUUUUAAAUAAAUAAUUAUUUUGUAAUUUCUAUUUUUUUUACUUUCUGUUA